AUGAUUAAAUUCAUUUUGAUGGUUAAUAAGCAGGGGCAAACACGUCUCGCCAAGUACGCGGAUUUCCUAACGAUAAAGGAGCGACAGGCCAUCGAGAAUGAGCUCAUUCGGAAGUGUUUGUCGCGGAGUGAGAAUCAGUGUAGUUUUUUGGAAUAUCGUAAUUACAAGGUGAUUUACCGUCGAUAUGCAUCUCUUUACUUCAUCAUGGGAGUUGACGGCUCAGAUGAAGACAACGAGCUGGCCUAUUUAGAGUUCAUACAUACACUAGUAGAGACCUUAGAUAAGUAUUUCGAGAACGUAUGCGAACUUGAUAUUAUGUUCAACAUGGAGAAGGCUCAUUUCAUCCUGGACGAGAUGUUAGCCAACGGCUGCAUAGCGGAGACCAACACGGCCAAUAUACUAGCUCCUUUGUAUUUACUCGACAAGCACGGUGAUAGUGUCCAGUAA